AUGACUACCACUUCACAUACCAAAUCAAAUACUACCUCAAAUAAUAAUACUAAUAAUCGACUUCAAUUCCUUUGGAAUGCAUCACACAUUUUAUUACCAACGGUUCCCAAUCUUUCUGCAUAUUACAUGCAACAAUUUCAUCAAAAUGCUGCAGAAAAAAACUUGAUUCUCGCGGAUGGUAUCAAACGAACAUAUUGUAGUUAUUGUGGAAAUAUUUUUAUUCCAGGAAUUAACUCUCAAAUCAGAGUUAUUAACAAGAUAGAUAUUGAAAAGGAUAUUAAUAAUAUAAAUAAUGAAGGAGGAGAAGAAAAAGGUUCGAAAAUAUCAUAA